AUGUGCCUUGUUCAUGCCGCUUCACGACGAGAUGGGGUGCGCGUGUAUGGGAUUUGCAGAGAGGAGUUGGGCAAGGCGUGGAAGACGGAGCGGGUCCUCAUGGAGGUGACUGAGGGCCUCGCACAGACGGUCACGGGAUCCGAGCGCAAGCAAGUGCAACAGGAAAUUCGGGAGGAUAAGAUGGCUGCUGCUGCCAAGACGCAAGUCUUCACCCGCCAGAACUUCAACAUGAUCGAUCUGGACGCACCCAUUCCCACUGAUGCUCCUUUGUGGAAGAGGCGGGUGGGGGGAGCGAUCGCACUGCUCCACGACCUCAGAGGAGUGCCGAACCGAGGCCGCUUCAAGGACAUGCUGCACUACCUGCAAUUCGUCUUUGGCUUCCAAGAGGACAACGUGCGGAACCAGAGGGAGCACCUCGUGCUGCUGCUGGCCAACAGCCGCACGUACGACGAGAAGGGGACGCCCAUUGCUGCUUCCAUGUCCGAUGAUGCUGCCGCAAUGAACCUGGCCGUUGAUUCCGUGUCCUCCAAGGUGCUUGGAAACUUCCUUCGCUGGGCACAGUACCUCCACGUGGAUAUCCCCUACUUCACGGCCGAGCACCGCAUGCUGCACACGUGCCUCUUCCUGCUCAUAUGGGGCGAGGCAGCCAACGUCCGCUUCCUCCCAGAGUGCCUCUGCUACCUCUUUCACCAGAUGGCGAGUGAGCUGGCGGGGAUGAUGCAGAAGACAGCAGCGGAGCACAGCCACAUGAUGGGCACGGGGGGCGAGUACGCCUUCCUCAACAACGUCAUCAUGCCCUUCUACAGGAUCCUCAAACUGGAGUCGGACUAUGCGGGUGCCGGCAGUGAUGCCAAGGGACACCCCGCGUGGCGCAACUACGAUGACUUCAACGAGUUCUUCUGGAGCAAGCGCUGCUUUGAGCUGGGUUGGCCAAUCCACACCAGCCACGUGUUCUUCAAGCCCCCACCCGUCAAGAGCAAGGAGCCUGGCAAGAAAAUGGAAACCCCCAAAACCGCAACGGGGGAGGAUUUCUCAGGCAAGAGCCGGCUGAGCAAGACGCUGUUUGUGGAGUGGCGCUCGUUCCUCCACCUCUACCGCAGCUUCGACCGCAUGUGGGCCUUCCUGCUGCUCAUGUUCCAGGGCAUGGCAAUCGUGGCGUUCAGCGGGCAGGACGGGUCCACCACGCUCAUGAAGGUGCUCUCUGUGGUGCCCAUGGCCGCCAUCCUCCGCUUCUUCCAAGUGCUGUUUGACAUUCUUCUGUCGUUCGGAGCCUACCGCAGCAUGAGUGUGCAGACCAUCUCCCGCAAGUUCCUCCGCCUCGCUGUGCUCGGCGUCUGGGGGGGCUUCCUCUCCUUCUUCCUCAUUCAGGGCUUUUACCCCACCAGCCCCUACCUCUCGCUCUUCCUCAUGCUGGCGUCCAUUUCUGUCAACCCAGUCCCCCACCCCUACCACCCGCUCUUCCUCAUACUCGCAGCCAUCUACGCCAUCCUGGCUGUUGUCCUCUCAUUGCUUGAUGGCUUUGACUUCAGCAGCCCCUACCGCCCGCUCUUCCUCAUGCUAGCAGCCAUCUACGUCAUCCCAGCAGUCGUUCUCUCGGUGCUCAUGCGCUUUGUCACGCCGCUGCGCUCCCAACUCGACCGCGUCAGCCACCACCGCUUCUUCCAGUUCGUCAAGUGCCACCACCGCUUCUUUCAGUUCAUCAAGUGGUUCUACCAGGUGGGUGGUGGUUCUGUCAGGCGGGUGGUGGUUCUGCCAGGCGGGUGGUGGUUCUACCAGGUUGGUGGUGGUUCUACCAGGUACUCGCUGUUCUGGGUGGUGCUGCUGCUGUGCAAGUGCCUCUUCAGCUACUACUUCCAGAUCCUCCCGCUCGUCGGCCCCACGCGCUACAUCAUUGGAUUUAAGCACCUCAAGUACCGCUGGAAGGACCUCGUCUCUGCCAGCAACUACAACGCUCUCACGCUUCUCUCCAUCUGGGCGCCAGUCUUUGUGAUCUACCUGAUAGACGCACAGAUCUGGUACACUGUGCUCUCUGCCAUACUCAGCACACUCAUUGGCGCCUGGUGGCAUCUGGGGGAGAUCCGCACACUCUCCAUGCUGCGGGCGCGCUUCCGCUCGUUCCCAGCAGCCUUCAUGAACACAGUGCACCACCAGAACAAGUUCAACCGCACACGCUCAACAUCGCUGCGCUCGUCUGCCCGCUUCCAGCCGCUGGGGUCGCAGCAACCGGCGAGCAGACACACACAUACACAUGCACAUGCACACAUCUCCAUCCAACCCCUGCCCCACCCCCUCCCCUUGCUCAGCUCAACAUCGCUGCGCUCGUCAGCCCGCUUCCAGCCGCUGGGGUCGCAGCAGCCAGCGAGCGGCAGCGAGUUGCUGCUGUCGUCGCGCCGGGAGGCGUGCAAGUUUGCCAUCGCGUGGAACGAGAUCAUCCGAUUGCUGCGCGAGGAGGACUACCUCUCUGACAGGGAGUACGAUCUGCUCAUCAUGCCCGCUCUGCCCUCCAACGUGACUGUGGUGCAAUGGCCGCUCUUCCUCCUCGCCAAUCAGAUCCUCCUCGCAGUCGGAGAGGCGUCAGGCCGCAAGGAAUCGCAAUCAUCCGUGUGGCGCAAGGUGACAGCCGACGAGUACAUGCGCUGCGCUGUGCUCGAGGCAUACCAGAGCCUGCGCCCCUUCCUGCUUUCCGUCGUCGAACCCACCCGCACCGCCCCCACCGCCGGCACCGCUGCUGCUGCUACCCAGGAGGCGGGGAGUGGGGUGUACGAGGCGCGGAUCAUCAACCGGCUGUUUGACGAUUUGGAGGUGGAGGGGAACAACGGCAGCCUGCUCACCACCUUCCGCUUCUCCGCCCUGCCUGUCAUCCUUGACCGCCUCUCCAAGCUUACUGCCGUGCUGAUCCAGGACCAGAACGAGAUGACGCAGCGGGCAGCAGUGCAGGCGUUGCAGGCGCUCUACGACACGGUCAAGUUCGACUUCCUCUCCCCUGACCACCGAGCAAGCCUGGAGGAGGUAUCGGGCAAGCCGCAGUCGUACUGCCUCUUCGCAGCGGUGGCUUGGCCAGCUAAUAGAGCAGCGGUGAAGCGGCUGCACCUGCUGCUGACGAUCAAGGAGUCGGCCAUGGAUGUGCCUCACAACCUGGAGGCGCGGCGCCGCCUGCAGUUCUUCACCAACUCGCUGCACAUGCGCAUGCCUGACGCCCCCAAAGUCGCCGACACUCUCCCUUUCUGUGUGAUGACGCCGUACUACAGCGAGAUAGUGACAUACUCCAUGGCAGAGCUGGUGAAGCCCAACGAGGACGGCAUCUCCACCCUCUUCUACCUCCAGAAGAUCUUCCCAGCUUUUCUGCUCGUACAGGCACAGGGCACAUGUCACACUGCAACUGCCCACUCCCCACUACACACUGCCACCGCUGCCCACUCCCUCCCCGCUGCCCACUGCCCACUGCAGCACAUACUUCUGCAUGUUGCUGCUUCUGUCGCCCUAAUUCCUGAUGCCAGUCAGCCACCGCUCACCCUAAUCACAACCCCUCACUGCAGACGAGUGGCCCAACUUCCUGCAGCGCGUGGGAAUGGGCGAGAAGGAGGUGGAGACGAGUGGGCCAACUUCCUGCAGCGCGUGGGCAUGGGAGAGAAGGAGUUGGAGGUGCGCUUGAGGGCGAGGGACGACAUCAAGGAGCUGCGCAUGUGGGCGUCGUACCGCGGCUGCUGGUGGCCACUUUUGAGGCGCCUCAAGUGCCGAGUAUUCUCACCACCACCCCUCACGCUUAUUAUAAUCGCUCCCUCCCCUCCCUCCCCGCACUCCGCAGACGAGUGGGCCAACUUCCUGCAGCGAGUGGGAAUGGGAGAGAAGGAGCUGGAGGUGCGCUUGAGGGCGAAGGACGACAUCAAGGAGCUGCGCAUGUGGGCGUCGUACCGCGGCCAGACCCUCGCCCGCACCGUGCGCGGCAUGAUGUACUACCACAGGGCGCUCAGAUUGCUGGCCUACAUGGAAACGCCAAACUCCACAGACCUGGAGUUGGGUGCAGAUGGGCUGCCUCUGGACCCGGCGGACAGGCUAUCUACGGCAGCCGCCCCCUUUUUCACUCCUGACCCUUCUCUUCGCUACCCAUCUUCCCCGUGCCCCUUCCCUCCCCCACCCGUUUCCCUCCCGCCCUUUUUCUCCCCCCCGCCGCCCGCUCCCCCCUUCCGCCCGUCAGAUCUGGAGUUAGGGGCGGAUGGACUACCACUGGACCCGGCGGACAGGCUGUAUCUGGCGAAGGUGGAGCCCAAGGAGCUGGCGGACGUGAAGUUCACGUACGUGGUGACGUGCCAGAUCUACGGCAAACAGAAGGCUGACAAGGACCAGCGUGCUGCUGACAUCUUCAACCUCAUGAAGGAGCACGAGGCCCUGCGGGUGGCAUACAUAGACGAGGUGGUCACCUUACCAGCAGACCCUUCCCGGCCCGAUGCGCGCCCGAAGACGGAGCACUUCUCACGGCUGGUGAAGGUGGACACGUUCGGUAGCGAGCAAGACAUCUACAAGGUGAAGCUGCCGGGGCCAGCGAAGCUGGGCGAGGGCAAGCCCGAGAACCAGAACCACGCGAUCAUCUUCACGCGUGGGGAGGCGCUGCAGACGAUAGACAUGAACCAGGACAACUACUUUGAGGAGACGCUCAAGAUGCGGAAUUUGUUGCAGGAGUUUGCGAAGAAGCACGGGCUCAGGAAGCCGUCCAUUCUCGGCGUCAGAGAGCACAUCUUCACCGGCAGUGUGUCUUCGUUGGCAUGGUUCAUGUCCAACCAGGAGACCAGCUUCGUCACUCUCGGCCAACGCUUCCUUGCCAUCCCUCUCAAGGUGCGCAUGCACUACGGGCAUCCAGAUGUGUUUGACCGUCUGUUCCACAUCACACGAGGCGGCAUGAGCAAGGCGUCUAAGACCAUCAACAUCAGCGAGGACAUCUUUGCCGGCUUUAACACCACGCUGAGACAAGGCAAUGUUACACACCACGAGUACAUACAAGUGGGCAAGGGGCGAGACGUGGGGCUCAACCAGAUCGCUCUCUUUGAGGCUAAGGUCGCCAGUGGCAAUGGAGAGCAGGUGUUAUCCCGGGACAUCUGUCGGUUGGGUCAGCUCUUUGACUUCUAUCGCCUCCUCUCCUUCUACUUCACCUCUGUUGGCUUCUUCCUCUGCACCACUCUCACGUCCUUCUGUGCCUUCCUGUUCCUCUAUGGAAGAGUCUAUCUGAGUCUAUCCGGAGUGGGUGCGACUCUCUCAUCGCAGAGUGAGAGUGUGGCGAACCUGGCGCUGGAAUCAGCCAUCAACACGCAGUUCCUCAUCCAGGCUGGUUUCUUCACCGCUGUGCCCAUGAUCAUGGGCUUCAUCCUCGAACAAGGAUUUCUGCGGGCGGUGGUGAGUUUCAUAACGAUGCAGCUGCAGCUAGCUUCAGUCUUCUUCACCUUCUCCCUGGGCACGCGAGCGCACUACUUCCUGCGCACGCUGCUGCACGGCGGGGCCAAGUACCGCGCCACGGGCCGGGGCUUUGUUGUUCGGCACAUCAAGUUUGCUGACAACUACCGCCUGUACUCGCGCUCACACUUCACAUAUGGGACGGUGGCAGAUUUCGAGGACUGGGUGGAGUGGCUGUGGUACAAGGGCGGGGUGGGUGUGAAGGGCGAGCAGAGCUGGGAGUCGUGGUGGGAAGAGGAGACGGAGCACGUGCGCAGCAUUCGCAGCCGCAUCAUACAAGUGGUGCUUAACCUCCGCUUCUUCUUUGUGCCCUACGGCAUAGUGUACCAGCUCAACGUGGCUCAGGGCAACACCAGCAUCCUC